AUGAGCUCCCAGCCGCACGUUGGUAUCAUUGGCGCCGGCUUUGCGGGUCUACGCUGUGCCGAUAUCCUCAUUCAAAAUGGGGCAAAGGUCACCAUUUUAGAAGCUAGGAAUCGGAUUGGUGGACGGGUUUAUCAAGACGAGUUGGAAGGUCACGUAGUUGACAUGGGAGCAAAUUGGAUUCAUGGCCAGGGCGAGAACCCCAUUAUGACCAUGGCUCGAAAGACUCAGACUGUCACUUAUGACCCCGAAGGUGGAAACUUCAUGGUCUCCCGCGAUGGAAAAUACAUCAGCGAGGACCUCGGGACUAGAAUCUCGGAAUUCGUAUGGACCACCAUCGCAGAUGCCUUCACGUACAGCAAUGAGCGUGGAGAGAGCAUCAGCCCCGAAGAAAGUCUCUACGAUUUCUUCCAAAUGAAGGCCCGGGAGUCAUAUUUCUCAGACGAGGAGCAGCAGCUUGUUCUGGAUGCAUGCAAGCUCUGGGGCGCAUAUGUGGGCGAACCCAUUCACAGACAGAGUCUUAGGUUCUUCCGCUUGGAAGAAUGCAUUGACGGAUACAACUACUUCGUAGCUGGAACCCACAAACGCAUCCUAGAGCAAGUUGCCAAAGCAGCUCAAUCCCAUGCCGACAUCAAACUCAACCACCCAGUCGUGAACAUCGAAGCUCCACCCCGGAAAACAGACGAAUCUAUAAACAACCACCAAGUAACUGUGACAACACUUUCAGGAGACCGCUUCACCUUCGACGACUUGGUGAUCACCUGCCCACUCGGCUGGCUAAAGAACAACAAAAAUGCAUUCACGCCUGCUCUCCCACCCCGACUUGAACAAGCAAUGGAAAGCAUCUCCUUCGGCCGCCUAGAGAAAAUCUUCGUGAAAUUCCCCCGUGCCUUCUGGCAAACAGACUCGGAUUCCAAAGACACUAAGUCAACUCUCCCUACCAACCCAACAUUCACCCAAUUCCUCGACCCAUCCUAUGCAGAGCACCCAGAAAACCUAGAAUGGAAUCAAGAAUGUCUUUCAAUGGCCUCAUUCCCGUCACCAUGCGCCCAUCCAACACUCUUAUUCUACACCUACGGACCAGGCGGUGCAGAAAUAGUACAAAGCAUUGCAUCCCUCGAUCGCUCUUCAAAAGAAUACAAGGAAACAUUGAUGAAAGUCCUCAAGCCCUUCUACUCGAAGUUACCCGGUUACGACGCAACCUCGCCAGACUGUGUGCCAAGUACCAUUUUAGCAACGAAGUGGCAGACAGAUCCGUAUGCCGGAUAUGGAUCUUAUUGCAAUUUCCAGGUUGGGUUGGAGCAGGGUGAUCGUGAUAUCGAGGCUAUGCGGUCUGGGGUUGGGGUUGGUGAGGAACGGGGAUUGUGGUUUGCUGGUGAGCAUACGGCACCGUUCGUGGCGCUUGGUACUACUACUGGUGCUUAUUGGAGCGGGGAGAGGGUUGCGGGUCAGGUUUGUCAGAGGAGGGGGUUGGGGGUUGUGGGUGUUUCUGGGGGGAGAGAUGAUUCUUUACCUUCGGCUGGGAAAUUGUAG